AUUCUAUUCUGUUCUAUGUUUCCUCUUACAGGAAGUAAUCCUCUGUAAAGACAAAGCAGAAGUUCUUCAUAACUAAACUGUAUUUUAGGGAAGUUCUCUGGUUUUCUGUUGCUUCUUGUUGGUCAUAUUGAAAGUUGCCCGCAGUUCAGUUGCAGCAACUGCAGAGUUUCCUUCUGUUUCUGCAGCAACCAGUGGAGUUGAGCUCAGACGAGGCGAUGAAGGUUCUGGUGGUUCUGCUGCUGGCGGCGGUUCUGGUGGACGGCAGAGUGUUUGAACGGUGCCAGUGGGCCCGGAUCAUGAAGAGCUACGGGUUGGACGGAUACCAGAGCAUCAGCCUGGCCAACUGGAUGUGUCUGACUUACUCGGAGUCGAGAUACAACACUUUAGCAGUGAACCACAACCGGGACAAAUCCACCGACUACGGCAUCUUCCAGAUCAACAGCCGCUGGUGGUGCAACGACACCCAGAUCAGAACCGCCAACGAAUGUCACAUCAUGUGCCAACAGCUGCUGAGUGACGAUGUGGGCGUGGCCAUCAGCUGUGCGAAGCGCGUGGUCAGGGAUCCGCAGGGCAUCGCCGCCUGGGUGGGCUGGCGGCUGAACUGCAAAAACAAAGACGUGAGUAAAUAUUUGGACGGAUGCGGCCUGGAUUCCUCGUUUCUCUAAACCAGGAAGAAGAAACUAAUCAAAAUCUAAACUUCAUGGAAGCUGAUUAAAUCUGUUCAGAAUUAAAUGAUUCAGUCAGAAGAUGUGGCAACUUUCUGUUCUCUAUAUUCACUGUUUCAGUUCAAAUUAAAAUGUUGAUUUUUAACCUGA